CAUAGGAACAACACUCAAAGAAAAAAUGGCAUCUCCCCUUUGGAAUCCACUAUACUUUGUUUUUCUACUUUAAUAUUUUCUUUUUCUUUAAAAACUUCCAUGGUUCUUCCCUUUUUCAUAGAUGUUUGCAUAUAUAUAGUUUACAACUUGUUUAUGACUCUAAAAAUAUCAGUAGCCAGGUACGAAGAAAUCUUCUUGGCCAAUAAAAUGGGAGCAGUAAUCUGUUGCAUCAGUGAACAAGGUGAGAAAAAGAGCUUGGAAAGGAAGCUUGAAAAGAAAAUAGCUGAAAUAAGAAGAAAUAAAUUUGGACAAACCAAAUUGAAAUCAAUUGAUAGUAUAGUUAUGUUGUUCCCUAUGUUCAAGGAGAGACUCAAAACUUUAAGAGGAAUGUUUGAACAAUAUGAUGAAGACUCUAAUGAAUCCAUAGAGCCUCAUGAGCUGCAAACUUUCUUAGAAGAUUUGCAACUUCAUCUUCCAGAGAAUGAGAUUGAGAAUUUUUUUCAGUACUGUGAUAUUGAUGGAAGCAAGGGGAUACAGUUCAAUGAAUUUAUUGUUCUUCUGUGCCUCAUUCAUAUCCUAACAGAACCUUUAUCCUCUGAUAAUUCACCAAAGGAAGAGUUAGCACAGCUUGGACAAGUAUUUGAUAAAAUCAUUGAAAUCUUUCUCUUUUUUGAUCAAAAUGGUGAUGGGAAGCUUAACAAGAAAGACAUGGUCAGGACAAUGAAUGAGACGAACCCUAGAGAAAGAUCCCCAGCACACGUCACUAAAAACAGAUUCAGAGAAAUGGACUGGGACAAGAACGGGCAAGUCACAUUCCGGGAAUUCCUCUUUGGUUUCAUUAAUUGGGUCGGGAUCGAUGUUGAUGAAUAGAUGCAUAAAAAGUAGUUACAACGCAGAUCAUAAGAGUGCUUCAAAUUAGAUUACAUCGAUACUAUGUUUGGUUUGGCAUUGUAUCAUUCAUUCUCGCGUUUCCAUGCCAAUUUAGCCUUAAUAUUAAGAAGCUAAAAAUUGGAACUUCGCUCCAAACGUGCAUUAGUAUAUAUCUUACCGCUAAAACAAACAGACACUGAAUGUGUUUUCUCAUUUUCUCAA